AUUACUUCACGCGAGCCAUUGGUCGGGGCUGAGUGUGGCGCAGAGAGAUAUUACAAAAAAAAAAAAAAAGAAAGAAAGUCUCAGCAGUGGCGGAGAGGUUUGUGCUCUCGCGGCUGAGGAGCUGAGGAGUAGAGAGCGACUUCACGUGCUUCACGUGUUCACCUCGGCGUCAGUCUGCGUGCUUUACGCAUCUCUAACAGGAGGGUAACGGAGGGUUCAGCGGCCUGGCCGGUAAGCGCGCGACUCUCAGCCCAGCAGCCCGGUUUCCUUCUGCUCCACAUCUCACUAGCUUAGCAUGUGUUCAGUCUGGCGGCUAAAACCGUCUGACUGUCGCUCCAGCGCGUGUAGUGAUCAGUGUAGUGUGACAGUAUGAUGAGUAUAAAGGCAGGUUUCAGAUGCAGGAGGAAACUCCCCGCUAGCGCACAGUGUCCGCACCGAGCGCGAGGCGCAGAGCAGCUGCCGGUGUCGCGCGGAUGGGUGUGAGAGCUGCCGCGUGACUCACUGGUCACGUGCUCAACCGGGAACAGUAGCGUCCGCUGAGCUGCUGUAUCCUGUACAAUAACUCUAUAAACUUAUCCUCAAAUAACUACAUUUCCCAGUAGUUCCGUGGGGUGAAUCACUUACCUGGUAGUUACUUCAAAUAUUUUCUGGACCGCUGGUGGAAAACCGCUGAGUCAUUUUCUGACCAUGUACAGAGAGCACCCUGACUGCUGGGGCUUCCGGGGUGCUAUUAUUUAUGAGCAGCAGAGGGAAAUCAGUCAUACAUGCAGUUCAGUGUAGACAGUGUAGCUUAAAGCUCAGUACCGGGAUUUUAUUUGUAAUCCCCGAUACACUAGUGUGCAGUGAUGUAGCUGCAGUGGCAGCUCUCUCCUGAGGAAAGAAGCGAAGUCAUGGGUGAGAUCUGAUAAGCGCAUGAUCAUGGACAAGACAGCAGUAUGCAAGUCAGGCUGUGACGUCAUCCAGCUACCUGUUGAGUCGUGUGUGCUAAUUUGCAUAUCGCUAUCUUCACCAUGAUCAUGCAGCACUGAAAAGGAAAAUGUUUCCCUUAGAAGAUAAUAGAGUAGAGUUUUAUCAGAAUAGAAAAUAAAUAAUAGAUUAGAAUUUAUUUCUUACAGAAGGAAGUCAUCUUUGGUCAUGUUACCACAAACUAAACUUUUACACAUUUAGAAAAUAGAACACUAUCAAGAACACAGACGAAAAGAAGCAGUGAGAGUGAGUAGUCGUGAAAAAUGAGUCGUCCUCAGGAAGAGCGUUUAAAAUGAAGAAUGGAUCAGUGUGCGGCUGGGACGAGCAGAGGUGAUUAUUGAUCAGUGAGAAACGUUGUUAAUCAGUGACUGGUCACAAGCCCAGCACAGGCAGGCGUUUCACACUGAUGGUGAGCGGAGUGAACCUGCUCUCUCAUCUCACAUAUCAGCAACUGUAAUGUGAGCCGUAGAGCCGUAUCGAGUUCACGACAGUUACUAACAUCUGCUCAGAAAGUCACUAGAUUUGCCACUUGGCUCUUUUUUAAAUUAUCGCUAAUGGAUCUAAAAAUUCACCAAAUCUAGUUGGCACCAGCUCGUCGCUAGACGUCACUAGGCAAAAAAGGCACAGAAUAGAAUAGAUUUUUAGAAAAUAACAUUGAAUUAGGUCAGCAAUUAUAGCAAAUAAUAGAUUAACUUGUAUCUUUUAGAAAGAAGUCAUCUUUUGUCAUGGCACCACAAACUCAACCUCUUUAGUAUUUAGCUCUUUAAAUAUUACUAUAAUUACCUAUAAUUUCCAUCAAGAACACAGACAGAAAGAAACUGUGGAGGUAAGUUGGGAAAUGGACAUGAAGGAAAUGCUUAUGGAUGAAUUAUAUUUACAGUUAAUAAAAGAAAGUUAUCACCAAGAAGAGAAGUUUGAAGAAAUAGGGAAAGCCAAGACUCCAGUCUGUGAGUAUUACAGGAAGGCAUGCUGAGCAGACUGUCAGCUGCUCACAGACUCGCUGAAAACACUGAUUAAUUGUUCUUAACCACAAACUGAUUUCAGUGUUAAAACAACAGCUUGUUUUCAAUCCGUCUAUUCUCAACCAAACCGGAUAGAAAUCUAACGCUGAUUCAACAGAGUAAUUGCAGAGAUGACUGAAACUGACCAUAAAUGAAUGUGGAUUUAAUGUGAACUUACUAUCAGGGGCAGUACAUGGUCAGUACAUGGUCAGUAGAUAGUCAGUAAAUAGUGAAUCUCUUUGGGUUCACUGUGAGAGCUCAUUUUACUUCUUUGUUGGGAAGAGAGGGGCUUACCUCGUCGGCUGGAUUUAGACGUAUGAUGUUGAGAAAAUGCAGCUGUUUAAAAAUUUUGAGGUUGAAGAACAUGAGGAAGGAAGUGGUCUCUUGAAACCUUGUGACCAAAAAUGUGUAGCUGUUAUUAUUGCAUAAGUUUAGGACCUGGAUGAAUGGAGUAGACUUUUGUUGCUCAGCUAGCCAUAGAAUUCAUUUCUGAUAUUGAAUUGCUAAUGAAUCAGAAAUCCAAACAGUUUUUAGGAAAAGAAUGAGAGUGGCUUUACAAUCAAAUACCAAUAUUUAUAGUUUUUAAAACUUAUUCUUCCUUAGUCAGUAGUACCUGCUCACAAUCUCCUGCAGUGGGGUUCCGUUACAGAGUGCAGAACAGUGUCAGAUGGUGAAAUUAUAAAAUGACCAUUGGCUCACUGUUCCUAUACACAAAAGAGUAAAAACUGCUGCUGCAAUCUGGCACACAAACAGACAGGCACAAUAAAACACACACCCUAUUCUCUUUUACACAAACAAGUAUGCAAUUAUAACAUUACUAGUUAUCAGUACAGCUGAUUCCCACUGUUAAAGUUUAGUUUGGGUUCAGAAAGGCUUAUUAAUGGACCUGGGGAUUUUUCUGCGAGCAAACAGAUCUUUGUUAGUGGGUUUAAAAAAGGCUCUAGAGGAUUGUUUAAGUGCAAUGUAAGAUCUGAAGCAGCAUGUUGGAUAGUAGUGCUGUCCCUUUAAACUUUCUGCAAAGUCACGCUUACUGUAUAAUCAGUUAUGCAACACCCCUUUCAUGUGGGAGGAUAUAGGCACCAGCAGAGUGCUCUGUUUCUUCACCUCAGCUAGACUCGCUUCUCAUUUUGUUCUGUGUGCACAUCCCAGUGAUUCUGGACAUUCUGAGUGUUUCUGCCAUGGAUCUGUAUAAUAAAGACUCAGGCGAUGUCCUACCUGUGGUCAUUAUCGGCAAUGGCCCUUCAGGAAUUUGCCUCUCAUACUUGCUAUCAGGAUAUACACCCUACUUCUUCCCUGAGGCCUUUCACCCUAAUCCAAUCCUGCACAGAAAACUUAAAGAGAACUCUCAUCUGUCUUUGUUUGAACAGGAUCUGGAGUACCUGUGUGAAGGCCUGGAAGGCAGAUCAUCAAAUCCUUUAGCUGUACUCUUUGAUUCAUUGCUCCUACCGGACAGUGACUUCGGAUUGGACUGUGCCUCGCCGUUGGUAUGGCGGUAUGAGCCGGAGAGAGCCAUGACCCAUCUUGUGCUUGGAAAAGGACCACCUGGAGGAGCGUGGCAUGCCAUGGAGGGAUCCAUGUUAACACUUAGCCUUGCCAAUUGGAUGGAGCUUCCUGGCCUCAAACUGAAGGACUGGAUGAGAGAGAAACGCAGGAGUGUUCGCAAUGACCGUGCCACACCAGCAGAUAUCGCCUCCUACUACCAGCACUAUGUGAACAAAAUGGGCCUGAGUAACAACUUUGCCCAUGGUACCACAGUCACCUCAGUGCAGCGCGUCCCUCUGGGCCCAGGUCACUCUGUCUGGCACAUCCAGGGCACACAGAGGUUAGACAGUGGAGAUGAGAUGCCCUUCUCGGUGCAGGCAGAGAAUGUAGUGCUGGCCACAGGCACCAAUGAUGCCCCAGCCCGCCUUGGAGUUGAAGGAGAGUCACUACCCUUUGUGUGCCACAGCUUUGGUGAGUUUGAGAUGGUCAUCUCAAGUGGACGCCUGUGCAAAUCAUCAGAACCUGUGCUGGUGGUUGGAGCAGGCCUGACUGCAGCUGACGCCGUUCUAUGCACCCACCACCUCAACGUGCCUGUAUAUCACGCAUUCCGCCGAGGUGUCUUGGACCCAGCACUCAUUUUCAACCAGCUGCCCCGUGUCCUCUACCCCGAGUACCACAAAGUGCACCAGAUGAUGAGCCAGCAGCAGUACCAGCCAAGCCAUUCGGUACCCAGUUUACUUUCCCAGCAAGUGGCAUCACCAGACAAUGACUACACUCAGUCGUCCUGCUCCUACCCUGGGUAUAUGAGCUUCCCGAAACACCGUGUCGUGUCUUUUAAACCCAAUGGCAAGUGCGUCCUGGAGGUAGAGGGCGGGCAGCAUGUGGUGCUGCAGGUAUCCUUGGCACUGGUUUUGAUUGGCUCGCAACCAAGUCUUUCAUUUUUGCCUGAGGAGGGACGGCAACUGGGGUUGGAGCCGGGACAACCAAUCAGCUGUCGGCGAAACCCAAUUAAGGUGGAGCCGUAUACCUAUGAAAGUGUGCAGGAAGCGGGACUGUAUGCCCUGGGUCCUCUGGUAGGCGAGAACUUUGUGCGCUUCCUCAAGGGUGGUGCACUGGGCACUGCAUGCCAUCUAAUGCAAAAAAGGAAGCAAGAGGAGGGCAAAAGGCAAUGACUGUCCUAUAAUAGCCAAGAUGUAGAGGAGAGGGAAAAAAAUGAGAAAAGUUGGUAUAGGUUGGAUAGGUGGUUAUCUUGUACCCACUCAGUUCUACAGACAGUCCAGCGGAUAUUUCAGUCUUUACCUGCUCACAAAAAGGAAGUGAAUUAGUAAACACUGUUGAGGGGUCUUUUCUUGUUAAUGAACAAUGGGCCUCAUUUACCAACCUUUUAGUAAAGUUGUGUGGAAAUGUUUGCAUAAGCCAAACCAAACAAAUAAUUUCCACCGGCUUUAAAAAAUAUUCAAAAACAUGAGUUUACUUUGUACCUGCGUGUAUGUUGAUCAAUACCAAUCACUCAUAAAUUACCAGGCAUGUACACAGCACAGUUGAUUUGCAUAUAGUGACGCCCACAAAUCUCCAUAAAAGGCAAAGUGCGUAGUGCUAAAAUUACGAGUGAGCACCAAAGUCACGUGUGUCACGUCUAUGCACCGUAAAAGUCUGGAGCCACAUUACAAAAAAGGUGAAUUUGAUGUGAAUUAAUUGAGGUGAAAAGAAAAGGAUUUGGCAUGAAAUCAGAGAAAUUGUAUAUUUAAUGUAGCCAGGUGAUCAUGGACACCAAGCACACUACACAGGCAAACUGCAAUAAAUGAUUAUUAUUAUAAUCAUUUUUUUAAUUAAAGCAUCUUGUCUACUGUUAGCCAGAAAUCCCUCACACCAGUGUGCUCUCCCAAAUGCAGAGGAAGUCUGAUGCUGGCAUGCAGCAUUCCAAGACAUAUCAGAUCGCUCACUCCUCAGUCACUUAGUGCUGGUGGCAAACGGCCCUGAGCUGCGGGCUGAGCCACUACAGCCCACCCUCCUUUUACUCAGCAGCAUCUCUUCUUCAUUGAAUGACUAGUCUAAUUUGGUUUAAUGGUCUAAAUUUAUAGGUAUAUCUUGGCUUGCUUUCAAAAUUUCAGAUUUUUUUAUAUUGUAAUAUUUAUUUAAUUACCCUGACUAAUAUUUAUGAUUUAUUAAUAAAUCCAUCUGUAUACAGUAUGAUAAAUGAGGCCCAAUGAGCGGCUAGACCAAAUGUCACUAAAAUUGCUGAAAAAUGUGGUUCAUUUAAAGCAGAAAGGGUGCAGGAAUGUAAAAAAGGAAGCAGGCAGCAGUUAAUUUUGAGUUUCAUUAUGUGCACUUAACCCUGCAAACCUAGAGCCAUCAGAAAACUAAAAAAAAAAAAAAAAAUCGCCUUUAAGGAACUGGUCGUUAUUAAGUAGCUCUCACACAAACUGUUUUCUGUCUCGGCCCCGCAGUCCUCGUUUCUGAUUGUGCUCACACGAGAGUAGAAACUUCCCAUGUGGGCAGCUUUUUAUGUUUUUUAUGUUUCGAGUUCGGCCAGUCCUGAGCUGGUCCUAUCUAAACAGUUGAGGAUGAUCUGGAAUGUAUCUGAUGAUAUUCUGAUGAUAUCCUUUCUCUAACCAGCUUCACAGUCUACUCUGAGCAUGACCCAUAGCAAGAGAAAGCGCAAAAGAACUGGGAGAAGGAAAAGUAUGAGAAAUAAGAAUGGAAGGCAUGUUAAACAUGUUGACAAGAAAGAAUGAACUGCAUUCAUAAAGAAAUGAUGAGUGUCAUGAAGAGGAAUGGAAAGCAUAUUAUGUAUGUUUGGACUUGGAAUGUGGAACAUGUUUCGAAGUAAAUGCAGCCCAAGAUACAGCAGUUAGUUUCUUGAUUGCUGUGUGAACUCACUGAGACAGAUGUGCUAGAUUGUGUGACACAGCAUCUGUCAAUGGUUUGAGCUGCUGUACUCCAAGAAAUCAGGGAUUUAAUUUAUUUUCUUUUAACAAAUCUGCUAAUGAAAUUGUUUGGGAACAUGUAAUUUCCUAUAUAUGUUUGUACUUAUGAUGGAUUUUCCAAGGAAAAUGUAUAUCCUUGCUAUGGAACUGAAGUUAUUUUAAAGACUCCAUUUCUAAAGUAGUAAUGAUAGACAACAAUAAUUCUUCACAUGAAGAAAAUUGAAAUUUGCCAAGCAAAUUAGGUUUUGUAUCAGUCUUGGUACUUUUUUCAUUUAUUGGUUAAAAGUAUGAAAUGUAUUAAGUAUGUCUAGAGAGAGUCUAGCCUGAAACACCAUGCAGUCUCAAAAGUAUGUUUGUCAUAUGCGUGACUAAUGCUACAUGGUUUUCUAAUUAAUGAGAAGUAAAAUAUCCAGUAAAUAACCAGUAUUUACAGUUGGCUAGAAUUUGACCUGCAGUCUAGCCAAUUAUGUUUGCUACUGGAAUCAGUGCUAGUCUAACUUGGCACUAGCAAAGAAAACAGACUAACUUCGUUAAAUAUAGCCAGUUAGAAUUAGCAGAUUAGCUAAAAUAAUCUCACCAAGCUUCUUCAAAUGAAAAGGCGUUCAUGCCUUCCUAGAAGGCUAGUCUUUUCUUACUUCAGCAAAUUGAAACAUUUUAUUGUUUCAGUCUAAGCCCAGGGGUUUCAACGCUGCAGUGUGUGGUGUUUAAUACGUCUUCAGACACACACUGCUAGUUGUAGCGUUCACUAUAUUGUGUAGCAUGUAGAAGGUCACAGCAGAUGACGAAUGGGCACAAGAGUAUUUUCUACUGAAGUUGUACUUGAUUGGAUGCUUUAAACUGAAAUGUGAAUAAAAUCUGCAGGAACCCAUUCUACUGGCAGUCUACUAGCAGUCAUCGGCUGGAUGAGAGAAGAGACCUUUGAGAUUUGUACAAGUACUUUGAAGGUCUAAAUAAAAAUGUAAGGAGUAAAAAGUAAUUUUUUUUCCUGUGAAAACAUAAAAAGUAAGAAUUUCAAUAACAUUCAAGUAAAGAAUAAAGAUCCCAAAAUAAUGCUUAAAUAUAGAAACAAAAUACUCAAAUAUUUUUCCACUCCUGUUUGUUUUCUACUUUUCAUGAAAGCUGUGAAGUGCCAUUGAUCAGGCUGUGUUUACAAGUAGAAUAUCUACUGUGUAUCUAUAGUCAGUAACGCAUGUAAAAUAUAAUGAUGUAUUUGUAUUAA